AUGACUGUGCCCGGACGUCUCAAGCUGUGGUGGAAACAUGCCGUAAUCUACCAAAUCUACCCGGCAUCAUUCUGUGAUUCUAAUGGAGAUGGAAUCGGUGACCUUCCGGGCAUCACCUCUAAGCUAGAUUACAUCGCCAGUCUUGGUGUCGAUGUUGUCUGGAUCUGUCCCAUGUACGAUAGUCCUCAGGUGGACAUGGGGUACGACAUCUCCAAUUAUGAAGACAUCUACCCGCCUUACGGCACUCUACAAGACAUGGAGACUCUGAUCCGCGAGGCCCAUGCUCGAGGCAUGAAGGUCAUGCUGGACCUUGUUAUCAACCAUACAUCCGACCUGCAUCCUUGGUUCAAGGAGUCCCGUUCAAGCAAGGACAACUCAAAGCGUGACUGGUACAUUUGGAGGCCAGCCAAGUAUUCCCCCACUGGCCAGCGUCUUCCUCCAAACAACUGGCGCUGCAAGUUUGGCGGCGACAGCGUGUGGGAGUGGGAUGAGCAAUCAGGCGAGUACUAUCUUCACUUGUUUGCCAAAGAGCAGCCGGACCUGAACUGGGAGAACCCCGCCACCCGCAAAGCCCUGUAUGCUUCAGCAAUGGAGUUUUGGCUUGGACGCGGUGUCGAUGGCUUCCGCAUCGACACCGUCAACAUGUACAGCAAGCCACCUGGGUUGCCUGACGCACCAGAGUUGGACCCUGGAGCGCCAUACCAAGUGGCCGACAUGCUGUACUGCAAUGGCCCCAGAAUGCACGAGUUCCUCGGCGAGAUGAAUCAGAUUCUGGCCAAAUAUGGCGCCAUCACGGUUGGUGAGCUUCCCUCGACGCCAGAUAUGGCUCGCGUGCUACAGUAUGUGAGUGCGGAAGCCAAGCAGCUCGACAUGGUUUUCCAGUUUGACGUUGUGAAUGUUGGCUUCAACCGUCCACUGAGGUACGACGCAAAGCCCAAGGACUGGCAGCUGCCCGAGUUCAAGGAAGCCAUUGCUCGGACCCAAAACCUUAUCAGGGGUACCGAUGCUUGGACAACAGUCUUUCUAGAGAACCACGACCAGGCGCGAUCAAUUACACGUUUCGCAGAUGACAGCCCCCAGCAUCGAGUUGCGAGUGGAAAGAUGCUGGCUCUUCUGCAGGCCUGUCUAAGUGGCACCCAGUACAUAUAUCAGGGCCAGGAGAUUGGAUCCAUCAACGUCCCAGAGGAGGGCUAUCCGCUCGAGAAUUACAUUGAUGUCAGCAGUUGCCUCUACCUUGACUUUAUUCGGCAACACCGCAAUGGCCAAGGCCUGGACAAGGCCCUCACUUCUCUAGCACAUUUUGCGCGAGAUCACCCUCGUGUUCCAAUGGUAUGGAACGGGAAAGCAAAAUACGGCGGCUUCUCUGAAGAAGCAGAGAAGUCUGGAAAGGAGGUCAAAGAGCCCUGGAUGAAGCCUCACCCCCUAGCUGGUCAAAUUGAUGUCGCUUCGCAGCUCGACGACCCGCACAGCGUCUUGGCCUACUGGCGAAAGGCGGUGCGCUUCCGAAAGGAGUAUGCCGAUCUGCUCGUAUAUGGCGACUAUCGGACGCUACGGGAGGAGGACAAGAGCAUCUACACCUUUGUGAAGGAGCCGCCGUCCAAUGGAUCGGCCAAGGCCGUAGUUGCGCUCAACUUUACUGGCGAGGAGAGCAACUGGGAAAAGCCCACGAUUGAAGAGCUAGGAAUUGAAGAGGGCGCCAGCGUCAAGUUUGUACCAAUCAUGUCUUCGUAUGACGGCAAGGUUGAUGAAGGAGCUUUGCGUCCUUACGAGGGGAGGGUCUACAUGGCCUCCUGGUGA